AUGUCUGUGGCCAGGCUCAACAGCGUCAAUGGCUUUCUGGAGGACAGCAGGAUGGAGGCAGGGGACAUGGGCAGGAUCCUCCGCUGCCUGGAGAUGGGCACUGUCCUCACCUUGUUCUAUCAGAAGAAGUCGCAGAGGCCAGAGCGAAGGACCUUCCAGGUGAAGUUGGAGACCCGGCAGAUCAUCUGGAGCCGGACGCCCGAGAAGGUGGAAGGGGACAUCGACAUUCGGGAGAUCAAGGAGAUCCGCCUGGGAAAGAACUCACGGGACUUCGAGCGCUAUCCCGAGGAUGCUCGCAAGCUCGACUUCACCAUGUGCUUCAUCAUCCUCUAUGGGAUGGACGUUUCUUUCUCUCCUCUUCCUCCUCCAGCUUUCUGUGAGGAGGACAUCAACCUGUGGAUAACGGGCCUCAACUGGCUGGUGGCGGACACCCAGAAAGCCCAGACCCCACUACAGAUUGAGAGGUGGCUGCGGAAACAGUUUGAUGGGAUGGACCGGUCGCGGGAAGGCAGCAUCACGGUGAAGGACCUGAAGGCCAUGCUGCCCCAGGUGAACUAUCGCGUCCCCAAUAUGAGGUUCCUGCGGGACAAGCUCGUGGAGGUGGAAGCCAGGAACGAGAUGACUUUCUCCAACUUUAUCCAGUUCUACAAAAACCUGAUGUUUGAUGCACAGAAGUCGGUCAUCGAGCAGUUGGAGCUCUCCUUCCCCUUGCGGAAUGUGGACCGCCCCGAGCUGUGCCAAGUCUCCCUUUAUGACUUCCAGAAGUUCCUGCUACACGACCAGAAGUGGCUUUCGCACCUCAGCCAGUACCUGACAGGGGACCAGUUCUCCAGCGAGUCCUCCCUGGAGGCGUACGCCCGCUGCCUACGCAUGGGCUGCCGCUGCAUCGAGCUGGACUGCUGGGAUGGCCCAGAUGAUCUCCCCAUCAUCUACCACGGCCACACGCUCACCUCCAAGAUCAAGUUCCUCGACGUGCUGCACACCAUCAAGGAGCAUGCAUUUGUCACCUCUGAGUUCCCCAUCAUCCUCUCCAUCGAAGACCACUGCAGCAUCGUCCAGCAGAGGAACAUGGCCUCCCACUUCAAGAAGGUCUUCGGGGACAUGCUACUCACCAAGCCGGUGGACAUCAAUGCCGAUGAGCUUCCAUCACCCACCCAGCUCAAGAAGAAGAUCUUAAUCAAGCACAAGAAGCUGGUCGAAGGGAACCUGUACGAGGAGGUCUCCACUGCCAGUUACUCAGAGAACGACAUCAGCAACUCCAUCAAGAAUGGCAUCCUCUAUCUCGAAGACCCCAUCGACCACACCUGGAGUCCCCAUUAUUUUGUCCUGACAAGCAACAAGAUCUACUACUCAGAGGAGACAUCCCGUUACCAGUUCAAUGAGGAUGAGGAGGAGGUGGAGCAGAAGGAGGAGUUCAACAACAAUGAGCUUCACUUCACGGAGAAGUGGUUCCAUGGGAAGCUGGGAGGUGGUCGCGACGGGCGGCAGAUCGCCGAGAAGCUGCUGCAUGAGUACUGCACCGAGACAGGUGGCAAGGACGGCACGUUCCUGGUGCGCGAGAGCGAGACCUUCGUGGGCGACUACACCCUCUCCUUCUGGUAGGAGCCCCAGGGGGGAGGCAGGAUCCCACCUUCCCUCAGCCAGGGGAUGGUCCUCCAGCCAAUCCCUGGUUUGGUGGCCCACUAUCGGGAGGUGCCGCUCCGCUGCAACGAGUUCGAGAUGCGCCUCACCGACCCAAUCCCCCAACCCAAUGCCCAUGAAAGCAAAGAGUGGUACCACGCCAGCUUGACGCGCCUGCAGGCCGAGCACAUGCUGAUGCGGGUCCCGCGGGACGGAGCCUUCCUGGUGCGCAAGCGUAGUGAACCCAGCUCCUACGCCAUCUCCUUCCGGGCGGAGGGGAAGAUCAAGCACUGCCGCAUCCAGCAGGAAGGUCGGCUCUUCAUGCUGGGCAGCUCAGCCGAGUUUGAGAGCCUCGUGGACCUUGUCAGCUACUAUGAGAAGCACCCGCUCUACCGCAAGAUGAAGCUGCGCUACCCCAUCAACGAGGAGACCCUGGAGAAGAUGGGCACCACCGAGCUGGACUAUGGAGCCCUGUACGAGGUGCGGACCCCCCACUUCUACGUAGAGGCCAACAAGAUGCCGAUGGCCAGGUGCACGGUGAAGGCUCUCUACGACUACAAAGCGCAGCGGGAGGAUGAGCUGUCAUUCUGCAAGCAGGCCAUCAUCCACAAUGUCGACAAGCAGGACGGCGGCUGGUGGCGGGGGGACUACGGGGGCAAGAAGCAACUGUGGUUCCCAGCCAACUACGUGGAGGAGAUCGUCAGCACGCAGGCACAGGAGCAGGAUGAGGCCGUGAGUGCCCAUGUCCCUGUGCACCCGGAUUUGCAGGGCUGGAGGGAGGUUGCCAAAUGGAGCGGGCACCGGCUUAUCUCCAAAGACGGGAGGAGCUCCAAACCAUUUGUCUUCACCAUCCAUUCCCAGCAGAUGUCCCACGCAGCCCAGUCACUGGACGUGGCCGCGGACACCCAGGAGGAACUCAGCGAGUGGGUGGCCAAGAUCCGAGAGGCCACGCAGAACGCCGACGCCAGGAUGCAAGAGGGGAAGAUCAUGGAGCGGAGGAAGAAGAUUGCGCUGGAGCUCUCUGAGCUAGUCGUGUAUUGCCGCCCGGUGCCGUUUGAUGAGGACAAGAUUGGCACGGACAAGGCGUGCUACCGGGACAUGUCCUCCUUCCCGGAGACCAAAGCAGAGAAGUAUGCCAACCGCAGCAAGGGCAAGAAGUUCCUGCAGUACAACCGGCGCCAGCUCAGCCGCAUCUACCCCAAAGGGCAGCGCCUGGACUCCUCCAACUAUGACCCGUUGCCCAUGUGGAUCUGUGGUAGCCAGCUCGUGGCCCUCAACUUUCAGACACCUGACAAGCCAAUGCAGCUGAACCAAGCGCUCUUCAUGCUCGGCGGCCGCAGCGGCUAUGUCCUGCAGCCUGACAUCAUGAGGGACGAGACGUUUGACCCCUUUGACAAGAACAGCCUGAAGAUCGUGGAGCCCAUCACAGUGCAACUACAGAUCCUUGGUGCCCGGCACCUACCCAAGAAUGGGAGGAGCAUCGUGUGCCCCUUCGUGGAGGUGGAGGUGUGCGGCUCCGAGUACGACAACAGCAAGAACAAGACGGACGUCGUAGCUGACAACGGCUUCAACCCUGUCUGGCUCUUCAAGCAGUUUGUCUUUGACAUCAACAACCCUGAGUUUGCCUUCCUCCGCUUUGUGGUGUAUGAGGAGGACAUGUUCAGCGACCCCAACUUCUUGGCACAAGCCACCUUCCCCGUCAAGGGCCUCAAAACAGGCUACCGGUCAGUGCCGUUGAAGAACAGCUACACUGAGGACCUGGAGCUCGCCGCCCUCCUCAUCCACAUCGAGAUCAUCAAUGCCAAGGAAGAAGAUGAGGAGAACCUCUACUCGUCCAUCCAGCAGCUACGGGACCGGGCCAGCGAGCUCUCCAGCCAGGUCUCCAGCUAUGAGCGCACCAAUGGCUGCGAUUCCCGCUACCAGCAGCGCCUCGACGAGUUACGGGCAGCCCAGGAGCGACUCAUGGAACUCACCGAAGUCCGCAACCGCAAGUUGAUGGAGAAGAAGAAGAGGGACCGGCAAAUGGUCACCAAACGCAGCUGA